AUGGCUGGUGGAAAUUACACUAUGAAAGAGGUGAACAAGAGCAAUCUGCCAGCUAACGGAAAUGUUAAUACUUCAGAAGAUGCUGUGGAAAGAGCAGCAUGGGGGCGACCGCUGGAAUUCAUAUUGGCAUGUCUAGGAUACGCCGUCGGUUUGGGGAAUGUGUGGCGAUUCCCUUAUCUCUGCUAUAGGAACGGUGGCGGUGCAUUUUUGAUUCCAUUUUUUCUGAUGCUUAUGCUAAUUGGUCUGCCGCUUUUCUUUCUUGAAUUAUAUGUUGGGCAGUACUCAAGAUUGGGGCCAUUAAAAGCAUUUAGCGCAAUAAGUCCAUUUUUCAGUGGAGUUGGAUACUGUACUCUAGUAGUUAUCAGUAUAAUAUCGAUAUACUACAUGGUUAUAGUGGCAUGGACGUCCUUUUAUACGUUUAUGUCCAUUGGUGGCCAAUUAGCAUGGGGUUCAUGCGAUAACUGGUAUAAUAGCGAAUUUUGUUACAGCGGAGCUUAUGACAAAGAAUGCAGAAUAAAUAAUACAGGAGAUGCGUCUGACCUUACAUAUUACUUACGACGAUGCAUGAGUAUUGGCGAUAUAUGUCAAAGUGUAGGACUUGAACCCUACGAUGGAAAGUCAUGUUUAAAUGGUACAGAAACUGUUUCAUGGUAUUCCAAUGUUAAUAGAAUAUUGGCUACUCAAGAAUAUUUUAAUGAGCGUGUGCUAGGAAAAGGUGACGCUACUUGGGAAGAAUGGGGUACCAUGCAGUGGCAUUUAGUUGGAUGUCUUUUCUUUUCCUGGGUGGUCGCAUUCUUAUGCGUAAUUAAGGGUGUGCAGUCAGCUGGUAAAGUAGUGUACUUUACUACUCUAUUUCCUUACGUGAUGUUGACUGCGCUUUUAAUUAGAGGAGUCACAUUGGAAGGCGCAGGAGAAGGACUUCUGUUCUAUCUCUUACCUGAUUGGAGUACACUAUUAGAAGCACGUGUCUGGGGUGAUGCAGCUUCACAGAUAUUCUAUUCACUCGGCGUUGCGUGCGGAUCCCUAGUAACGUUGGCUUCAUAUAAUAACUUCUACAAUAAUUGCCAUUUUGAUGCCGUAUUCGUCAGUAUGGCGGACUUUUUAACAUCUGUAUACGCUGGUUUGGCAAUUUUUUCGGUACUCGGCUUUCAAGCCAAUCAAAUGGGAGUCGAAAUAGAUGAUGUAGCUGAGCAAGGCCCUGGAUUAGCAUUUGUCGCAUAUCCAGAAGCUAUCCUUCAAAUGCCGAUACCUCAACUUUGGUCUAUCCUGUUCUUCUUCAUGCUUUUCAUACUGGGUUUGGGCAGUCAAUUUGCUGGGAUAGAGGCUAUUAAUACAGCCAUUGUGGAUCAGUGGCCACAAUUACGAAAGAGAUAUUGGAUGGUGACUGCGUUUACCUGCUUCUCCUGCUUUCUUCUCGGGCUACCAAUGUGUUUUAGCGGUGGCGUGUAUUUAUUUACUUUGCUGGACUGGAAUACUGCGUCGUGGGCUAUACUUCUUAUUGGUAUUGCUGAGACCACAGCAGUAUCAUGGAGCUACGGCAUUAACCGCGCGAUGAAAGAUUUGGCUUCUAUGAAUAUGAAACUGAAUAAAGUGCUGAGAAUCUAUUGGAAGGCAGCCUGGACGUUCACUGUUCCUGUUGCCAGUCUCGGUAUCCUUAUAUUUAUUUUCUCUGACUGGCAAUCGCCGUCAUAUGAGGAUUACGUAUUUCCUCUGUUCGCUGAUCUGCUUGGUUGGGCGGUUGGGCUUUCUACGCUUGUACUAUUUCCUGUUGGCAUCUUCUGGGCUUUAUACAAAGGAUAUAGAGGCAAAGAAUUAUUCACACCAACCAAAAUAUGGAAACCAGCUUCAAAAACAGUAGAUGUGGUGGACUCUAACAUCUCUCUGAACAACACAGAAAAUGCUGAAAACAGCAUAGCUUAUGUGCUA